AUGGAGAAAGAGGUAGUGCAGCUCGUGGAGAUGGGCGCGACCGCGGCCCAAGCGCGAGCGGCAUUGAAGAAGUAUGGGGAUGUCAUGCAGGCAGCCGAACGCAUAUUUGAUGGCGGCUUUGACCACAUUACUGAUGAGGAUGAUGGUGACGUGGAGAUGAGUUCCAACGACGCGUCGGAUAUGCAGCCCAAGUCCAGGAUGAUCACGCCUGAUGAUGAUGACGGGACAAACGAGGCCAUAGACGAGGAUGACGCUGAGGACGAAGGUAUGCUGGAGGACUUUGCCGAUUAUGACUCGGACGAUAGCAUGAGGCCCGCAGCUGUUACCGUCUCCUCUACUGCCGAUCCAUACGCAGGCAUCUUCUUCUCAAAAGACCGGCGUGAAGAAGUCAUCGAAGUGGAGGAGGAACCGGAGGUUGUUUUUGUGCCCGAAGCCAAUGAGCAAGUCACUCUUAUGACUCAGGGACAGUGGAUGAAGGGCUGCCCCGAGGGUGGAGAGCAAAGCUUCCUUUUCGGUCUCUAUAGGGAACUCAGCGAAGGCGAGUGCCGCUGUCCUCAUGGUUGUGGUGCGUCUGUCACCAGGAGAAAGCAGGAUUUCUUCUCGAUAUUUGCCGAAUUUGAUACCUAUGUGAAACAUCUACAGAAAAUCGUUCCUCGAACAUGCACCAAGUGUAGAAGAACGUUCUGUUUCGCUUGUGGAGAGCCCAUCGCUGUAGAUUCUACCAAGUCACUGCGCUCUCCAACAGAGGAUUUAUCUUUAUUCCAUUGCUCCAAUCUACAGGGUGUCAUUCUCGGCAUAGGUCUCGCUAUGCUGGAGAAACUGUUCAUUGGGCAGUCCCAGGAUGUUCCAAGCAGUCAAGGGGGAAAAGUGACGGGUGGGAAAAGGCGGAAAACUGAGACUGUACCGCUACAGGUGUUGCAUGAUCACGACGAAGACGAGGAUGAAGACAACUAUUAUCCUCCAGUCGGACAAGGGAAGAAAGCGAAGCUUGGUGUAGGUUAUGCCGGAGACAUAAGAGAGGAUACGUCGGGGCAACUUGAGGCAUUAAUGGCGCAGCGGGCGAAUGAUGAGAAGCUUGCGAACUUGCUUUCAGAGAUUCGCGUCUUCCUGCCUUCUCUGCGUCGGCCUGGAGGAGCCCGAACAAGUGACUACCUCGUCCACCCAACUGCUCUGGCGCAUCUCCGCCGACGAUUCAACUUCGUCAGCAGUCAACUGCUACGGAAUGAUUCGCUGGCUGAUAUGUCUGACCGAUCUGUGUUGUAUCUAGAGUUGUUUGAAUGGCUUGAGACGAUUUCUUGUCACGAAGCGUUGGCUAGCAUGAUGGCUAUGCCCAUCAUGGUUGUUGCAUCCGUUAAGACCGUUGCCGGAAAGAAGAUGCCGACGAAAGGGAGCCCCAGGAUCCGUGAGCGUGCAAUUGUUUACGAAGGCAGCUCUGGGCCACGGGAACUUCUUGAAGCGAUCGUCAUUCAAGCCUCUGCGGCUCUUAAAGGUCUUGAGGGACCGAAGCAGGCCGAAUCGGAGGCGGAAAUGACGGAGGAACAGAAGCGGAUGACCACUGAUGACAAGGGCAAGGCACGGGACAAUGGGCGCACAUUGUCCGAGGAGAACACCAAACUGCUUAGCUUCUGUCAGCGCAUACUUGCUACUGCCAAAGCCAUCGAUCGUUCUCUCGGUGAGACGAAGGGAGACGCGUUCGUUCAGAGAUUACAUGCGAGUCUCCCAAAAAUCCCUGGCUCUUCUCACGCAGACAACCCGGAGGUCCAGGCUGGGGAGACGGAAGAAGACACUAUGAGGGCCUAUGUAAAGUGGGCGAAUAGGGUGCGCUUCGAGUACUGUGAUUUGACAAUUCCGCCGUCCGAGGCGCCAGCGCCAAACACCGACGACCCGACACCACACUACAAAUUCUAUUUCAACAAUGAAGCUCGUAUGCUGGCAAACGCCGACAUUCCGAAACGUUCUCUUGCCAUUGCAAAAGAGCUUGCCGUGCUCACAACCAAUUUGCCCGUUGCCUGGAAUUCGUCGAUCUUUCUGCGGGUGGACGAGACCCGUGUGGAUGUCAUCAAAGUUUUGAUCACUGGUCCCGAGGGUACUCCUUACUAUAACGGGUGUUAUCUGUUCGAUGUGUUCCUUGGACCAAGCUAUAAUCAGUCGCCUCCGAAUGUCAAAUAUAUGACGACCAACGGAGGCAAGUUCCGAUUCAACCCAAAUCUGUAUGCGGAUGGAAAGGUCUGCUUGUCUCUCCUCGGGACAUGGACCGGUCCUGGAUGGGUAGCAGGCAAGUCAACCCUGCUUCAGGUGCUCAUAUCGAUCCAGUCAAUGAUCCUUUGUGAGGAGCCGUAUCUGAAUGAACCCGGGUGGGCACAAAGUGCGGGUACUCCCCAGUCACGCGCAUACUCGGCCAAUGUGCGACGAAUGGUGGUCAAGACUGCGAUGUUGGGAAACCUGAAGAAUCCACCGGAACCUUUCGAGGAUGUCAUUCGGACUCACUUCCGUCUCAAAGCACGCUCGAUCAUGGCGCAGCUCGACGAUUGGCUGGCACAGGAUGAUGGCAAGCUUACUGAUGAUGGUGGGUACAGUGCUCACAAGACGACAGCGACGGGAAGCUCGAAUGGUUUCCAAGCCGAUGUGCAGGAGCUCAAGUCGUUGCUGACGCAGCUGCAGUCCGGCACUGCUUAG